CAUUCGACAAGGUAGUGAGACAGAUACAGGCGGACAUCAUAUUCGCCGGAGAACCCCAGGAGGGACGCGAGCCUCCAGAGCUCGCGCAGCUCGGGAACGACCAAAAAGCCUGGACGGCUCGACGCUCCAGCUUCGAACAAGUUGUUCUGAACCGACUUGCCAAGGAAUUUUCGGAUGAGUGACGCUGUUCUAUCUCGCAUUCGGAGAUGAAAAGUCACACAGUGAAGUUUUCGAUUUCUGUGGCCCCCGUUGAGCGAGUUAUCAUCAACUACGUUCAACAUUUCUUGGGGUAAAUUUUCAUUUUGUGGUCCUCUCUACUACGGCCAACUCUAAAUUUUCUGAAUUAUAGUACUUAUUUGGGCCACGUGGUAACUUUGGCCACGUGCCAAGGUAUCCGGCGAAACGUUGGGCGCGGCUGAUGUUGUCAGCCACCGUGCCGAACGCCAAGACGAAAAAAGGGCAAGGAGCAACAAAGACCUGGAUAGCAUAAAUCGCCGCGGAUCUCAAUCGAAAGCGAGCAACAGCAAAGGACUGUCUUGGUCGAAGUCUAUGGCGAGACAUCACCACAGGCACAGCAACAGGAUCAGCGAAUACAACAAGCAGCAGCAAUACAUCCUCAGCGCUCUCCGUCCAAGCAAACAACAACAGCGAAAGACUACCAAUCCAAGCAAUCGCGAGACUUAGAGGACGGAAGAGGAUAAUCUAAGGGGACUGCCUCGAAUAGAUUUGCAUCAUUUGUGAUAUACUGUCUGACUUUGUGUUGUUGUUGCUAAAUGCUGAAACGGCUUCUGGAAAUGCUAAACGUUUUACGCAUUUUUUCCGGAAAGAAAGGUUGAUUUUUGUUACCUGAAAGCAAGACUAUAACUUUGGAAGCAAGUACAACGGCAAAACCGAGGCACAUUAUAUCUGUUUUGAUGGGACGACUAUCUAUCAGUUGCACUCCAAUUGAUUUUUUGGCAAGCCGCGCACAGUUUUGGCAAUGUCAGGCAAACAGAAACGCGCAACUCCAGCCCCGCCCUACCAUAGGCGGGGCACUGCAACGAAAAUGAAAGUGUAUGCCAG